AUGGAGAGCAUUGGCAGCGCUAGCGACAGCCGAGCCAAAGGCAAUCCGCCUGCGGGUAAUAGCCCAGAAAAAAACCUCCGCGGCGAUGGGGCUGGCGCAAGGGCAGAGUUGCAGAAUUCAGCCGCGGUGCCCAUGCUGCCGGCCAUGGAGCUCGCGGAUGAACCCGAGAAAGCGGCGGCGCCCAUAGGCAAAGACAAGGAGCGGAAUGCCUACAAAGUUCUGUCCCUGGUAUUGUGUGUCAUUGUGCUAACAACAAUUUUAGGAUGCAUAUUUGGACUGAAGCCUAGCUGUACAAGAGAUGUCAAAACCUGCAAAGGCCGCUGCUUUGAGAGAACAUUUGGAAGCUGCCGCUGUGACAGUGAAUGUGUUAAACUUGAAAACUGCUGUUUAGAUUUCCAAGAAGCCUGUAUAGAACCUGCUCACAUAUGGACCUGUACAAAGUUUCGGUGUGGUGAGAAGAACCGGACAGAAUAUCACUGCUCCUGUUCAGAUGACUGUGUGAAAAAUGAUAAUUGCUGCGUCAAUUAUUAUUCAGUUUGCGAAGGAAAGACCAGCUGGCUUCAAGAAGAAUGUAAGGACAUUAAGGAACCCCAGUGUCCAGAUGGAUUUACAAAGCCUCCGGUGUUGUUGUUUUCUUUGGAUGGAUUCAGGGCUGAGUAUUUGCACACAUGGGGUGGACUUCUUCCUGUUAUUAGCAAAUUACAAAAAUGUGGAACAUACACUGAUGGCAUGAGACCAGUGUAUCCAUCAAAAACAUUUCCCAAUCAUUACAGCAUUGCCACGGGCCUAUAUCCUGAAUCACAUGGUCUAGUGGAUAAUAAAAUGUAUGAGCCCAAGAGAAAUGCUUUCUUCACGCUCAGAAAUGAAGAGAAGUUCAAACGACAGUGGUACCUAGGGCAGCCAAUUUGGCUGACAGCUAUGUAUCAAGGACAAAAAUCUGCAUCGUUCUUCUGGCCUGGUUCAGAUGUUGAUGUUAAUGGAAGCUUUCCAAACAUUUACAGAAUAUACAACAACUCAAUACCAUUUGAAGAAAGAGUAACAACUUUUCUUAGUUGGCUACAGUUACCAGAAGAUAAAAGACCACACUUUUACACUCUGUAUUUAGAAGAACCAGAUCAUUCAGGCCACAGAUAUGGACCAAUCAGCAGUGAAGUCAUUCUUGCAUUACAGCGAGUGGAUAAAGUGGUUGGGAUGCUGAUGGAUGGUCUUAAACAAAUGAACCUGCACAACUGCAUUAACAUUCUUCUUCUCUCUGAUCAUGGGAUGGAGGAAGCUAGCUGCAGUAAAGCAGCAUACCUGAACACAUACUUGGAUUAUGUUGGGGAUUUGACUGUAGUACCUGGCCCUGCAGCUCGCUUAAGACCAAGCAAUGUUCCAGAUGAGUAUUUCUCUUUUGAUUAUGAAGGAGUUGUCAGAAGCCUAACAUGCUUAGCCCCAGAUCAGCAUUUCAAAGCAUACAUGAAACACCUACUCCCCAAGCGACUUCACUAUGCCAAGAGUGACCGCAUUGAACCAGUGAACUUUUAUAUGGAUGAGCAGUGGCAACUUGCUCGAAUGCCAUCUGAGCUCAAGUACUGCAAAGGUGGAUUCCACGGGUCAGAUAAUACAUUUGAAAAUAUGCAGGCUCUGUUUAUUGGCUUUGGACCUGGAUUCAAGUUUCAAACCAAAGUUGACCCCUUUGAAAAUAUUGAAAUCUACAAUUUAAUGUGUGAUCUACUUGACUUGACGCCAGCCCCUAAUAAUGGUACUCAUGGAAGCCUCAAUCAUCUUUUAAAGAAACCCACUUAUGUCCCAAGUUAUCCUAAGGAAGAAAGUUACCCUUCUUCAUGCCCUUUCACAAGGCGGAGAACUUCUACAGGUGAUCUUGGCUGCUCAUGUGAUUUGUUGGGCUUACCACAGAGUCAGUCACAGAUAAAUUUAACUGCCUCACAGGCAAAGAAGGUAGAACAAUACAAUUUGCCUUUUGGGAGACCCAGACUGCUACAAAAGGACCAUAACUAUUGCCUUCUUCACAAUAACCACUACAUAAAUGGAUAUAGCAAGGAUAUCAAGAUGCCGCUGUGGAGUGCAUAUACUGUUAAGCCUGCCAAUUGGAAUGUCUCUAUAAAAGCUACCACCAGCUGUCUCCACAAUGAUAAUCGUAUUCCUUUAAGUCUCGGCCAGAGUUGUUCAUUUUACAAAGGCCACCCGCAGCUAAACUAUGGAUUUCUUUUCCCACCAAAUUUAAUAAAGGAUGAAAGAACUGAUAGCUAUGAAGGAUUUUUCACAAGCAACGUUGCUCCAAUGUAUCAUGCAUUUCAAGUGAUCUGGAACUAUUUCCACGCAGUCCUCCUCCCAGCAAAUGCUGCAUCCAGAAAUGGUGUAAAUGUAAUCACUGGUCCUGUGUUUGAUUAUGACUACAAUGGCUUAUAUGAUACACCCAAGGAAGUGAAAAGACUCUCUAAUAAUUCGGAAGUCCUGAUUCCAACUCACUAUUUCAUUAUGCUGACAAGCUGUAAAAACGUUUCCCAGACUCCUUUGCAGUGUGAAGGAUCUCUUGAUGUAGAAUCUUAUAUUGUACCUCACAGAGAAGACAACAGUGAAAGCUGCAUAAGCGGCAAGACUGAAUCCUUGUGGGUUGAAGAAAGAAUGAGGUUUCAUGCAGCCCGGGUCAGAGACAUAGAACUUCUGACUGGGCUAAGUUUUUUCCAUGAAAGAAAACAGCCCGUGUCAGAUAUUUUACGGUUAAAAACAUAUCUGCCAAGUUUCAACAAGAACUAAAUGUUGAUGUUUGCAUACUAUUGGAAUUUUUGUACAGAAAGAGGAAGCAAAUGCUUUAAACAUGCUAGUAGAUUGUCUGAGGAUGCUUGAGCAGGAAAUAAUCUGUGCCAUAUUUGUAUCUCAGGGACAUUUUAUGGACCAGGCAUAAUAGAGGAGGGUAGCUUCUCUCAGCCUUAUUAUCCACAUUGAUGUGGUAAAAAGUUUUGUACUUUGUUAUUAAAGCCAGUCUGCCAGCAUUUCAUAACCUGACGCACAUAUGAGGGAAAACAGUUUAACUAAAUGUGAACUGGCAGGCAUGUAUAUUUUAUCAAAAAAGGAGAAAUAAUAUAAAUAGUUUUUAAAAACACAUUUCAUGCUUUCCAGUUCCUUUUCACUCUGUAGUGGUACUUUCGGAGUCAAACUGUAUGAGAUUUGGAAAACCAUGAUCAGAUCUUCUACCUUUUAAUCUUCUUUUACUAGUAGCAUAAAUUGGAUUGAAAGCACAGCACAGAAAAAUGGGGUACAAAUCCUUCAUUCUGCACCAUUUUCCUGAUGCAAAAUGUUCUCCUUGAGUCUUUGGGGCAUGCGGUGGCUCCAGAGGGGCCAUUUAUAUUAGUACAGUGGCACAGAGGAAAAUGAAUAACCUCUCCUUCCCCAAUGCCACGUCCUAAUCUGAUUUACUUUCCACCAUGGCUGCUAUUAAAAGACAUGAGAGAUCUGAUCAGUCUUCUUCAGUGCCUCUUCUAGUUUGGCCCUAAUGUACCUAAUGUUAUAUAUUGAUUAUUGCACCAUUUACUGUAUCGUGUUCUGAUGUGUUGCUACUUUGUAAGGCUCACGAAGGGGACCGAACCAGCACUUUUCAGCUUUGCAUCUUAGUAUUCUACCACUUUCCUCAACUGAUUUGUAUAAAUAUUGUUUAACU